UGUGUUAACUAAUAAUGUUUAUGUCUAGUCGUUAAGAGCAUCAUAGUUGUGAAGGCUGUCGGUCAGAAAUGACGCGUGUAGUGUUUGUUUUUCUGUUUCUCGUGUUUGUCACGGUUCGUUCUGAUAUCGUUGAAGACGAUGAUGAAAAAAUAAUUUUAAAUUGUCCAGACGGCGAAGAAGAAGACUAUUGUCCUUCAACUUGUAUGAAUGAUAAAUGCCCAAGGAAGGAGAAUUAUUUACACAUGUGCGUUUCUGACGGUUGCGGCCGCCCGAGGUGCAAAUGUCAGUUUAACACGAAACGAGCACCCAAUGGGACUUGCAUUGACACUAAAUUUUGCCCUCCAUUUAAAUGUCACAAUCCACAUGAAGAGUUUGUAGCUUGUCCGCCAUAUUGCCCAAAGGAUGAUUGUGACCAUGCGUCUCCUGAAGGUUUAUGCCUCAUCAAUGGCCUGAUCUUGGUGGCGGAGUGCCAACCAGCCUGUCGAUGCAUCAAAGGUUAUUGGAGGAAAGAUGGAGAAUGUGUGCCCUACAGCGAAUGUCUUGUACCUGUAACAUCUCUACCGCCUGUAUUCUUCGGAAAAUAAUUAAUAA